AUGGCUCUCGUACACACUCUCAUUCUGCUCUCAUGCGCUGGGAAAGUUUGGUCCCAAUCCGGCCCAACUGAGUCUCGAGUCUAUCUGGACAACAUCACACGGAUUCUGGACAGAUUACUGGAUGGAUAUGACAACAGACUGCGACCCGGAUUCGGAGGCCCUGUAACAGAAGUCAAAACGGACAUCUUCGUUACCAGCUUCGGUCCCGUGUCUGACGUGGAAAUGGAGUACACCAUGGACGUGUUUUUCCGCCAGACGUGGAUCGACGAGCGUCUGCGGUUCGAGGGUCCCAUCGAGAUCCUGCGUCUCAACAACCUGAUGGUCAGCAAGAUCUGGACUCCGGAUACAUUUUUCCGAAACGGCAAACGCUCCAUCGCUCACAACAUGACGACUCCGAACAAGCUGUUCCGCAUCAUGCAGAACGGAACCAUCCUCUACACCAUGAGAUUAACCAUCAACGCCGAGUGUCCAAUGAGGCUCAUAAACUUCCCGAUGGACGGACACUCCUGUCCGCUGAAGUUCGGCAGCUACGCUUACCCCAUGAGCGAGAUCGUGUACACGUGGAAGAAAGGGCCCUUACUGUCUGUGGAAGUGCCGCAGGAGUCGUCCAGCCUGCUGCAGUACGACCUGAUCGGACAGACGGUGUCCAGCGAGAAGCUCAAGUCUGAUACGGGUGAAUACAUCGUCAUGACUGUUCACUUCCAUCUGCAGAGGAAAAUGGGUUUCUUCCUGAUUCAGACCUACAUCCCCUGCAUCAUGACUGUCAUCCUCGCUCAGGUUUCCUUCUGGAUCAACAAAGAGUCCGUUCCUGCCAGAACUGUCUUCGGUAUCACUACAGUGCUAACGAUGACGACUUUGAGUAUUAGCGCUCGACACUCGCUGCCUAAAGUCUCCUACGCCACCGCCAUGGACUGGUUCAUUGCCGUCUGCUUCGCCUUUGUCUUCUCCGCCCUCAUCGAAUUCGCUGCCGUGAACUACUUUUCCACUGUGCAGGCCAACCGAGAGCGUCGCCGUGCCAACGCCGCCCGAGCUGCCAUGGCAACGGCCUCCAAGAGCGACAGCAAAGACGUUACGUCUCUGGUGGAUCCCAGCAGUGUUCUGAAGAAAAGGCUGAACUCGGUGCCGCAGAAGGAGAACCCCAUGGUUCCUGCGAGCCCCGUGCCUGAUUUACAUCAGCAGGGUUCAGCCACGCCCACUAAUGCUAUGCUAACUGGCACUAGCAUCAUCGAUAAAUACUCACGCAUCCUGUUCCCUCUGUCCUUUGGCGCCUUUAACCUCGUUUACUGGAUCGUUUACCUCACCAAGGACCCCAUGGAACCAAGGGAGGAGUGAGCGCCGCAUACUCACCAGAGCAUCUCUCCAGAGACGGAG